CGAACACUAAGAGUUCCGGCACAAAAGCGCAUUUUUUCAUAUCCUUCAAAGUUAUUCUGAAAAAUACACAUAUAUAUACACAAUGUACAUUUCUGUUAGGAAAUUUACGUUUCUUACAAAUUUUUCAGUUCAGAUAUACGGCAGUGUCCUGGUUUAUUCGAUAUACUUGUACAUGCCGGACAUUCUUGACAUUGUAUCGCCUAUGAACGAGUCUCGUUCGCGAAAGCAGUAUUUUAAACUUGAAUAUCUUGUCCCUGAGGAGCAACAUGUUUUCUUCUAUCGGAUGCACAUAAUCUUCGUGAUGGUUUUCAUCGCGACAAUUUUCUUUGCCAAUAUUGUCCAAUUUGUAACUCUCGCGCAACACGUUUGCGGGAUGUGCGAAUUGUUGGGGUAUCGCGCGGAGCGCUUAUUUUGCGUCGUCGAGAGUACGACGGGACGCGAUUUAGGUCGCAGCAAAAAAUUAAUUUACAGGAACACGGCCAUUUUUAUACAACUGCAUCAUAACACCAUACAAUUCGUUGGUACAAUCGAACGUUUUUAUACCAUUCCGUUUCUAUUGGACUUCUUAGGAGUAGUGAUUACACUGAGCCUUACGUUAUCGCAGGUAGUCUCCAAUGACGUGGAGCAACUCGUUAGAUCUAUGUGUCUCACCAACAUGCAAAUAUCCUAUAUCACCUUGAGUAAUUAUAUGGGUCAACAGAUUAUAGACAAGAGCUCGAAUAUAUAUGACAAAGUGUACAACAGCGAGUGGUACAACGCGAUAGUCUCACAGCAAAAACCACUGUUGCUAAUAAUGAGACAACGCUUCCUGCCGCUCGUCAUCACCAGCUGUAAGUUUUACGUCAUGUCCUUAGCGAAUUUAGGAAAGAUAUUUCAGAUGACGGCCUCCUAUUGCAUGUUUAUCAGACAAGUCUAAGGACAACCCUGUUGCGUGUAAAAGCGACAUUGGACACGCGAGAAAACCAUUGGCGUGUCAUUCUCACUUUCAGCGACGCGUUGAAUGUAUGCUGUGUACGCGACGAGAAAGAGUCGUCGUCGUCGUCGUCUGCGCG